AUGAGCCUCUGUGAAAAAUGCGACUUGGCUUCUGAGUGCCGUGGCAUCAAGGAGAUUGAGGACGCAAAGGUCGCGGCAACAGAGUUUCACUACGAGCCGAUGUUCCAGCCCUCCGACCCUGAACACGACGAGACAGAAUACUACAAGAUUGAAGGCGAUUACGUCAAGACGGUGGAGGUGCUUGGAAAGACGAUUUUGCAGGUUAAACCCGAGGCACUCACUGUGCUUGUGCAGCAGGCUUUCGCCGACGUACAACACCUUUUUCGCAAGGAUCACCUUGCUGGGUGGCAGCGCGUACUUGAGGACCCUGAGGCCUCCGACAACGAUCGCUUCGUUGCCCAGACCCUCUUGCAGAACGCCUGCGUUGCCGCCGGUGGUGUACUUCCCUCGUGCCAGGAUACGGGAACGGCGAUCGUCCUUGGCAAACGCGGUGAACUUUGUUGGACGGGCGGGGAGGACGAAAAGUACAUUUCCAAGGGUAUUUGGGAGUGUUACGUGAACCGCUAUCUGCGCUACAGCCAGACUGCAGCGAUUGACAUGUUCAAGGAGGUGAACACCGGGGACAAUCUGCCGGCGCAGAUGGACCUGUUGGCGACGCCGGGAAAUGAGUAUCACUUUCUCUUCAUUGCAAAGGGCGGUGGCAGCGCAAACAAGUCCCUACUGUUCCAACAGACCAAGGCGCUGCUGAACCCCAAGUCCCUCAGAGCCUUCAUUGAGGAGAAGAUCAAGGGCCUUGGCACGGCAGCGUGCCCCCCGUACCACAUUGCUCUUGUCAUUGGCGGCACAAGUGCGGAACUGACGAUGAAGACGGUGAAGCUCGCCAGCUGCCGCUAUUACGACUCCUUGCCCACAACUGGCAAUAAGCACGGUCGCGCCUUCCGCGAUCUUGAGUGGGAGGAGAUUGUGAUGGAUAUUGCCCGCAAAUCUGGAAUUGGCGCGCAAUUUGGUGGAAAAUACUUUGCCCAUCAAGCCCGAGUGAUUCGCCUGCCGCGUCAUGGUGCGUCGUGCCCUGUUGGUUUGGGAGUCUCCUGCAGCGCCGACCGCCAGAUACUUGCAAAGAUUACACCGGCGGGUUUGUUUGUGGAGCGGCUGGUGCGGGAUCCUGCGCGGUACCUGCCGGAUGUGCCGCUCUCCUCACUGAGCUCGAAUACGGUGAAAGUUGAUCUGCACCAGCCGAUGAGCGAGAUCCGCAAGCUGCUCAGCCAGUACCCUGUGACAACCCGUCUCAGUCUGAACGGGACGGUCAUUGUGGCGCGCGACAUUGCCCACGCAAAAAUCAUGGAGCGCCUGAACAACAAUGAGCCGAUUCCCCAGUACAUGAAGGAUCACCCGGUUUACUACGCCGGCCCAGCGAAGACGCCAAAGGGGAUGGCUUCUGGCUCCUUUGGGCCAACUACGGCGGGUCGCAUGGACGCGUACGUUGCCCCCUUCAUGGCCGCCGGCGGCAGCUUCAUCACGCUUGCAAAGGGGAACCGCUCAAAAGUGGUGACCGAGGCGUGCCAGAAGUACGGUGGCUUCUACCUCGGCAGCAUCGGCGGACCCGCGGCGAUCCUGGCGCAGAACAACAUCACGAAGGUUGAGCUGUUGGAGUACCCGGAGCUUGGCAUGGAGGCGGUGUGGCGCAUCGAGGUGGUGGACUUCCCCGCCUUUAUUGUUGUGGAUGACAAGGGCAACGACUUCUACGCCAGACUCCUUUGA